AGGUUGUAGAUGUCUGGAUUACACUGAAACAGGGGGGAGGCCGUCCCACUGAUUGUAAAGAGAGGGACAAUUGGUCCUUUAGUCUGAUUGGGUCCCCAGAUAGGCAACACGAGGGAAGAGAGUGUGCAGACAGCUAUGAGAGGCAGACAGCAGUGGUGACAGAGUAGAGGCAGCAAGAGAAGAUAUAUAUAUAUAUAUAUAUAUAUAUAUAUAUAUAUAUAUAUAUAUACACACACACACAUAUAUAUAUAUUUAUAUAUAUAUGUGGAGAGAGGGGAAACUUUACAAAGAGGACAGUGAGAGAGAGCCUGGACUCAAGGUGACUUUAAGGAAACUGAUGCACUGCAGGCAGUAGCUUUCACAACUUUUACAAGGGAAAUUUAGCGAGCGUGCAGGGAAAAGAAGAACAAAGAGAUAAGAGAAGAAAAAAAACAAUCGUUUUUUCACAGAAGAAGGACUGAGAAAGAGGAAUAAAGUUGAAAAGGAAAAAGGGUGACUGGGGAUUUGUCAGCUGUAACUGAGCGUUGAAACACUCUGAGUGGAGAUGGAGAGUGCUGGGAUGAAUGAGAUACGAGGACGCCAACAGUAGCCAGAAAGAAGGGAACCAGGAAACAACUGCACUUGUGAAGAAAGAGGAAAAGUCUUUUGAAAUACCACUCUGUGCUUAACAAUGGGAGACCGACUGCAUCUUCCAGCAGUUGCCAGCACCUUGCUCCCUGUGGCCCUCUGCAUUUUGACCCUUCUGCCUCACAGCCUUCUGGGUAAGCCUGCAGAGGAGGAAAACGCAGGCAGCUCAGCAUUGCUCCAGAGGGUGAAGAGAGGCUGGGUGUGGAACCAGUUCUUUGUCCUGGAGGAAUACACCGGACUGGAACCACUUUAUAUUGGAAAGCUCCACUCAGACAUGGAUAAAGGCGAUGGCUCCAUUAAGUACAUUCUGACGGGCGAGGGCGCGGGCACCACCUUCACCAUUGACGACAGCACUGGGGACAUCCACGCCAUCCAGAGGCUGGACCGGGAGGUGAAGGCCCAGUACAUCCUCCGCGCCCAGGCCCGCAACCGCCUGACAGACAGGCCUCUGGAGCCAGAGUCCGAGUUCAUUGUAAAGAUCCAGGACAUCAACGACAACGAGCCGAGGUUUCUGGACGGGCCCUACCAGGCAUCAGUACCCGAAAUGUCCAAAAUAGGAACAUCUGUGAUCCAGCUAAGCGCUACAGAUGCCGAUGACCCCACGUAUGGCAACAGUGCUCGUGUGGUCUACAGCAUCCUGGAGGGCCAGCCUUAUUUCUCAGUGGACGCCAAGACUGGCGUAGUCCGUGUGUCCCUGGCAGAUAUGGACCGGGAGACCAGAGAAAACUACACUGUGGUCAUCCAGGCCAAGGACAUGGGCGGUCAGCUGGGGGGGCUCGCUGGUACCACCACUGUCAACAUCACACUCAGUGACAUCAAUGACAACCCACCCAUGUUUGACCAGAGGCUGUAUCAGAUGAGCGUCCCAGAGUCAGCUCCUGUGGGUUCAGUGGUGGGUCGUAUCUGGGCAAAGGACAGGGACAUUGGGGUCAACGCUGAGAUGAAGUACAGCAUCAUUGAUGGAGAUGGAAGAGACACCUUUGACAUCAGCACUGACCCCACCAACCUUUUUGGCAUUAUCAUGGUGAAAAAGCCACUGAACUUUGAGAGCAAGCCCAGUUAUACUCUGAAAGUGGAGGGCACCAACACCCACCUGGACCCUGCCUUACGCCACCGUGGGCCCUUCAAGGACGUCACCAUCGUGCACGUGAGCGUGGAGGACGUGGACGAGCCCCCGCUGUUUGACUUGCCAGCGUAUUACAUCGAGCUGCCAGAGGACACUGAGAUCGGGACGGUGGUGAAGACGGUGUCAGCGAGGGAUCCUGAUGCUGCCAACAACACUGUGAGGUAUUCCAUCGAGAGGUCCAGUGACCCCGAGAAGUUCUUCUACAUCGAAAUCACUUCUGGGUCGCUGAUGACGGUGCGUCCGCUGGACCGAGAGGAGAUCGGCUGGCACAACAUCACCAUCCUCGCCAUGGAGAUGAAUAACCCCACACAGAUCGCGAGUGUGUCAGUGGCUGUGAAGAUCCUGGAUGUGAACGAUAAUCCUCCCUCGCUGACGCACUACUUGGAGGCUUAUGUGUGUGAAAAUGCCAAAGCAGGGCAGCUGAUCCAAACUGUGACAGCGGUGGAUCCAGAUGAGCCGCUGGGCGGACAACACUUCUACUACAGCUUGGCUCCAGAGGCCGCCAACAACCCCAACUUCACCCUGAGAGACAACCAAGACAACACAGCGUGGAUCCUGACGCGGCGCGGAGGCUGGUCACAGCAGGACCACACCGUCUUCUACUUGCCCAUCUUCAUCUCUGACGGCGAGCAGCCGGUCCAGACCAGCACCAGCACGCUGACCAUCCGCGUGUGCAGCUGCGACCAGGAGGGCAACGUCAUGUCAUGCAACGCCGAGGCGUACAGUCUGCCCGCAAGCCUCAGCAGAGGAGCACUCAUUGCCAUCCUGGCCUGCAUCUUUGUCCUGCUGGUGAUGAUUCUGCUCAUGCUUUCCCUGCGCACCCAUCGCAAGAAGCCCUACCUGUGCGACGAGGAGGAGAACGUCCACGAGAACAUUGUGCGCUACGACGAUGAAGGUGGCGGCGAGGAAGACACCGAGGCCUUCGACAUCGCCGCCAUGUGGAAUCCGCGUGAGGCGCACCACCACCUGGGCAAAAUGAGACAGGACAUGCUGCCAGAGAUCGAGAGCCUCUCACGUUACGUCCCUCAGGCAUGUGUCAUGGGCGGCGGCGGGGACAGUAACGUUCAAGGAUAUGUGCUGGCGAAGCUCCUGGAGGCUGACAUGGACCCGUGCGCCCCACCUUACGACUCCCUGCAGACCUACGCCUACGAGGGGGAAGGUUCGGUCGCUGAGUCGCUCAGCUCGCUCCAGUCGGGGACGUCCAACAUGGACCACGAGUACGACUAUCUCAACGACUGGGGGCCUCGCUUUAAAAAGCUCGCUGAGAUGUACGGCGUGCUGGAGACAAACAGUCCUCCAAUGUGGUAGAACACGUGAACCUUUGCCUUUUUAAUCUGAGAUAAAUUACGCCAACAAAAAGAAAAAGAGAGACAAAAACAUCAGAGAAGUGACACAAAAAGUGUGCAAGAAAGACACAAUAAAGCCGGGAUGUGCUCACGUUCACAUCCAUGACUGUUAGCACUUGAAUUCCUGCCGAAGCCUCGAUUCUCCACAGCCUUGAAGGCCUGAGAUGCCCGCAGCAGCAGUGCGAGCUGGUUUUAAAUCUCCCCCAGAGACAGGCUGGAUUGGCCCGCAAAGGAAUGGCUUCAAAGCACAUGUUAACUCCCCCGCCUGACCCAGCCACAGGCAGAGCCCCUUUGGUUCAAAGUCUUGAGCGAUUUAUGCCAGAGAUGAAAACGAGAGAGAGGGACUACCUUACUCACAGCAACACGGGAGACAAACUCUGAAAUGGUGAUCCACUGUUCUGAGUUUGUGCUUUUAUACGACCCAAGUCAAAGCAAAAGCGAAAAGUCAUAGCUGCAAUCAGAGAUGUGUUCUUUUUUGGUUCAUCUGUGGCAGGUCUUAAUUUAUUUCUUUGUUUCACGUGCUGUAUUUAUAUUUUUUGCUAACUUAUUUGGGUACUUCACACCAACACUGUAGUUAAACUGCCGCUAUGCCAGAAAAGAUCACAAAUAUGUUGUAACAUACAUGAUGUAACUGCCCUCGUUUUCAGUCUGUGUGAUAAAGAGUUUUCCAUCUCCAAAUGUCACGUGACAUGCACAGGAUAUGGCGAUGUGUAAUCCCAUGUGGGUUUUCCAGGUUGAUGUUUAUUGUAUUAUUGUUUUUGUAUCAUUUUUGAGCUAUUUGUAUUGUAACUCUGUUUUUUCCCAAAAACAUAAAGCAGUUACACAUUCAUGUGGAUGUGAUGGAGGCCAUUUUUGAAAAUAUUUUGAUGGUCAAAUGUUACUCAAGCGGAAAGUUCUGCACACCAUCCCUGUACCUGGACGAGCACAUGACCGAGUCGCCUUUCAUUUCGGAUCCACCACCGUGCCAACCAGAGUCCGACGGCAAUGAGGCUUGAUCUGUCCUGUUAGAGAUACUGUGUCGCUUUUCUGCCUCCACACAAAUGUGGCUUAAUCCUCCAAUCCUGUGGACUUCAGAGACAUUGAUAAUCUGCAUUAAGUGCCAAAUGUAAAAAGGACAAAAAAGACAUUUUGGAUGAAAAAAGAAAUCUACAAAACACAAACACCAAAAGAUAAAAAUGGAUUUCACAAACUGCGAGGGAAGUGAAGGUACAUUUUGAUAAUUUGAUUGGGUGAAGUUUACUUGAAAUCUAUGUGGUCAGUCAUGCUACAGUAAGUGGUAUGUGAAUGUAGAUAUUUUUUGUAUUCUUGGUAAUAAAAAGGAAAAAAUUACGUUGCUUCUCUCCUGUCCGUAAACCACCUGGAGUUGAGAAAAUUGUUGUUAUAUUCACAACAUUGAUGCAAGAAAAGAAGUUAUACUUUAUGAACAUCUUGGUGGCAAAAUGUGUGGUUUGGAAUAAUAAACUGCUUCUUUUGGCGGUGAAGAGCAUUAUGCAAUCCCCUGAAGCAUGACAGAAAUGUAAGUCCUUCAAAAGAUUAAGUAGCUCUUCAAAUUUGCAAUCAUAUGCUGAAUUGUCCUCCAAAGUGCAGCUGAUUCACUUUUCAUUAUAGUUUCCCUCAAAGUGCUUAAUUUGCUUGACUUAUUUUGUUUUGCAGCGAUAAUGCUUAGCAUUGAUUAAAAGCUCAUCCCCCACACUGCCUGCUGUACCUGAGCCUCGAGCCUCGGGAGCACCUUGCAAAAUCGUUCCAUUUGAUUGCUUUCACAGAAACAUUUAUAUGAGCGAUUGGAUUCAUUUGCCAAUAGGAAUUAAUCAAUUAUAAACAAGAUUCUCCACCUAAUUGCUUAUGUCAAUCAAAGUGAUACGAGUGAUGGACAGGAGAGGCAAAAGAAAAGGAAAGGAAACGAGAAAGGAAAAGGUAAAGAAAAUUAAGAAGUGGGCAGCAAAAGAAAAUAGAAUCAAAGUGAUAAUCUACCCGAUACAUUAUUUUCCAGUAUUUUCACUAUGAAUUGCCAUUUCCAUUGUCAAAACAAAUAAAGAAAUAAGUAAAAAAUAAGUGGCUCUGGCUUACCUGCUGGGCGGCAUUCAACAGUGAAAUUGCACAGAAGAUGAGCCUAUAAUACUCCCAGGAUUUAAAUUUUCACUUAAAUGCAUUCAUAUCCUCUGCAUGCUGAGCAGAACACUUCAAUUACACACUGGGGAUUUUUCUCUAAUUUGUCUCUCUUUGUUUUAACAUUCAGCAGUCCACAAAGGCUUUACAGAUCUUUAUGUUUCUCCAUCUUGCAUCACAUCACAGUUUCCUCGUCAGUAUUUUAGAGAAACACUUUCUAACCUUCAACCUUGUCUCAUCAGUCAACACUGUUAGUGCACUACAGCAGGCCUAUUCAACUGGCGGCCCGCGGGCCACAUCUGGCCCAGAAGCAACCUCCGAGUGGCCCAGCAUACAUAAAUCUGAUACAUGGCAAAAUAAGUAAACUACAUAUAUAGUGUAUGUUUAUUUUACCGCCAUCUCCAAACGCCUGCUAUUUUUAUUACAUUCAUUUGCAUUUGUUUAAAAUGUGUUCAUUGUUUGUUGGUUUUAAAUAGGCUGCUGAAAAUGUAAUUAAUUUCAUUUCAAUUUUUGUACUAUGAGAAGGGUGGAUGGGGUAUUGUUCACAGUAGUUUUAAAAAAUCAAUAAACAAAGUUUGAGGGGAAAAAAACAGCUAGAGGAAACAGACAAACACACAGAAAUGUGAUGAAUGAAUGAAAUAACCAAAACUGUUCCAACUUUGUUCAUGUAAGACCGCAUUGCUCAGAAUAACAAGCUGAUUGAGAAUAUAUGUUUUAAAUAUACAAAAAAAAUCCAAA